AGCUAUCAAGUGUCAAUGUCAAUGAAUUCUCGUCUCCAAAACAGAAAUCGUAGAUUCUGAUUUAUAUAUAAGUAUCAAAAAUGUGUGAAUUGAAGCAAAUUAUCAAAGUGUUUGACUUUUUUACAUAUCCGAUAAGAUAGAGAAAUAAUUAUAACAAAAUGGUUAUCAGAGUGAUGGCGAUUGUAGGAAGUUUGUACUUAUGAGGACUUGUUUGUUUGUGUUCAUUUACACAGAGUCGCUGUUUCCCAGUUCUGUCCGCCGAUCAGCCAGUCGCUCUCUAGACAUCGUUCGUGUGCCAGAUUCUAACGCAGCUCUUUAUUUUCGUCUAAUGUCAUAACAUCUCGUAUGUGAUUUCGGAAUAAAACAGUUGAAGCUAAUAUAAAUUGAAAAUAGAAAACUUUUCUGCUUUCAUUUACAUAUUAAGGACGUUGAUGCUGGACAGAAAAUUGAGUUAAGGAGUGUGCCUGGAAUAUUAUUGUAAAAAUGAGACAUGCACCUGGUCGAAAUGCAAAAAAGUGUGUUAGUGCAAGUUUCUAGUGAUUUCACUGUGUUCCUGCCGAGAACUAUCUACACAUUAAAACAAUGGAGCCGAGAUCGAAGCUACGAAAAGUGAUAGCCUUCUGUUUGUUGUUAUCACUGUUUGGCAUGGUAGCCUUUGGAUAUUUUUGCCCAGACCAGGUGUGUGCGUUGUCACAAAGGGAACGGAUCUCGGAACCAUUGGCACUUACAUACUCUGAAAGUCUGGGCCGGCCACUGCCUGAGGUCAUCGCUCAGCCAGGCCUCUCUUACGAUGAGGUGCUGCAUGACGACUUUAGGUUCGACCUCAACGCUCACGAUGUCAUGGUCUUCUUGCACAUACAGAAAACCGGUGGCACAUCGUUCGGAAGACACCUGGUUAUGGACCUAGAUCUAAAGAGGCCGUGCAACUGUCAACGGGCGCGAAAAAGAUGCCAUUGUUUUCGACCUCACAGCAACGAAAUAUGGCUCUUUUCGAGAUACUCCACCGGCUGGAAGUGCGGUCUUCACGCUGAUUUCACGGAGCUGACGGCGUGCGUAGGCGGAGAACUGGACCGACACGAGGGCUCAGCCGUCCACCGGAGGUACUUCUACAUAACACUGCUGAGGGAGCCAGUUGCUAGGUAUUUGUCGGAGUAUCGUCACGUGAAACGAGGAGCCACAUGGAAGGGCUCCCGUCACUGGUGUCAAGGACGAACCGCCACAGCUUACGAAGUCCCCUCGUGUUACAUGGGCGACUCCUGGCGGGGCGUUACGCUUGAAGAGUUCAUGUCCUGCCCUUGGAAUUUAGCGAACAACCGCCAAACUCGAAUGCUGGCGGACUUGGCUCUUGUUGGCUGCUACAACGGAACCCUGAGGCAUAGAACGACCGACUCUGAUCGAGUGCUACUCGCUUCUGCCAAGAGAAACUUGGCUGCAAUGGCGUAUUUUGGACUAACCGAAUAUCAAAAAAAAUCCCAGUACGUGUUCGAGGAAACGUUCAACCUAUUGUUCGCUGUGCCGUUCACGCAACACAACGCGACCGUGUCCGGAGCGACGCUGGCGGCCCUCUCGCCAGCGCAGGUGGCCCGCAUUCAGCAGCUGAACUCCUUAGACUUGGAGCUUUACGAUUUCGCCAAGAACCUUAUGUUUAAAAGAUUCGAAGCGCUAAAGAAACGAGACACUGACUUCGAGUACCGUUGGAGGCACCUCGGCGAAGUCUCCAGAAACGGGGUCACCGAGUUCGACUGGGACAGCAACCUGGAAGACGCCACCACAGAGAAGUACAGAGAUGUGCAUACGACUGUACGCUCUCACGAUGCAAAAAUGCAAAUAUGACGGAGUGCAAAUGAUGGGGUCGUGUGCAGCGUGUCAACAGCGGAGUCCCGGAUGCAUCAGUUUGCCGUGUCCCAUUGUCGCGACUACUUUAUGAGCGGUUGUCAACAGAGAAUGACAGAUGUUGGAUCGUUCGCGCAAGCCUGUUGCCGAAGCCACAAUGUGUCCUCACUUCUGAGGUCAGCCCAACGGCGGAUCCAAGGGGGGGUCAUGGGGUUCAUGACCCCCUCUGAGCUGGUUCAAGGACUUAGGUGGACUACUAAUUGAACAUAAUGAUUUUAUUUAUAUAUUUUGCCACCAUCCAGAUUUUAUGUAAAACUACAUACCUUCAAUAUUUAAUUAAGUAAUUACGUACAUUAAUAAAAUACCUACUUUUUACUUAUAUCUAUUGUUAUCAAUAUUAAAUUAUAAGUUCUUGACUUUACCACGACUAUGUGACCCCCACUUGGCGCCAAAGCUGGAUCCGCCCUUGGGUCAGCCUCCCUGAUUAAUAUCAAGGGGAAAUUAACUACGUACAGCCCUGAAUAAAUUAACGGAUUGAAUGUUCAUUGAAGGAAAUGUGGAAACCUGCAGACUUUAAGACAAAUUAAAUUAUGGCCGUCGCGAUAUGUGCUUAGUGAAUGGCAAUUAUUGUUAUAAUUGAUGCUACUUACAUAAUACAUAAUGCCUUCGAUUUCAGCUAUUAAGAAUAGGUUCACUAAGCGAUAAUUCGAUCGUAAAAUGUUAACGACUUUGAUUAGUAAUCUGUGAAACUAAUAUAAUGAUUAGUGUUGAAUAGUUUUAUAUAUUACUAUUAUUAUCUAAACGAUGACUGCUGAAUGACAAAUUUACUUAAUGUUAAGGGUUUAACGUCGUGGCCCAUAGAAACCAUAAAAUAAUGUCACAAUAAAAUGAUGUAUCU